AUGUGUCACUCUGGUGGCGCGGAAGGACCCGAAUUCCUGGGGCAGCCGCAGCCGCAGACACAGAAGCAGCAUAGCCACACUAUUGGUGAUGCAGCUACUGGACCAGAUCAGCUAUCACAGGCAAUGCUUUGUGGAGUACAGCCCGUUGCUGGUGCAACAGCUGCGGCUGCAGCGGUCGGAACGACAGCUUCGGUGGCUGUUGGCGAAGGAUGUACUGAAGUUGAAUGUGAAAUUUGUAUGGGCUUCAACCCUCCAGUGCACCGUGUGGACAGCAUGGUUGCUGCAGAAACAGCGAGAAAAGCUGAGGCAGAAGGCGCAUCAGCGCUCGGGUGCGCAGUAACAGCAGGCACGGAAGUACCGGGACCAGCGCCAGCUGCAGGAGGGAAGGACUAUACACAACCAGUUGGCAGGAAGCACGGAACAUUGCAUGGAAUCGCAUCUGCGCUGUUGCCAGGAGCAGAGGCAUCAUCAUUAGCAGCUGGGGAUACAGCAGGAGAUGCGCUUGCGGCAGAUGUGGACGCACCAGAUGUUGCAGGACUUGGACUUGCGGGACCGGCUUCCGCGCUUCAAGAAGCGGAAGGCUCAACGAAGUCGAAGGCGUUUUCAUGCUACUCAUCAGCAGUUACUGUAGGCAGCGCUGAAGUUGAACAUCCCUCCACAUCAUCCGCUGUAGAAGCAGCACGUUGGGGAUCAUCGAUCCCACGAAUGCCUGUAGCCUUACGUGAGGGCUUCUUGGCAGAGGUUAAGUCACUUCAGAAGAAGCCCAUUAUGAAAAUUACAACCAGUGUUGAAGGCAAGUUUCAGGUCCUCUUGGCGCCCUUGUGCGUGUGUAGGGCGUACGGGGAGAGCUCUGUCUCGUCUCUGUUUAAGUUAUUUUCUAUAUUAAACAAGCACUUUGGUCUCAACGAACACUCCACCUUCCUCGACAUUGGCAGCGGCAGCGGAGUUCCUUCUUUGGCAGCGGCAGCAUUCGGCUGUACCUUCACACUCGGCUUAGAGUUGGACUCGAAUGUGUACUCCAUCUCCGUCAUAAAUCACUUAUGGGACCGCGAUUACCCUGGUGCGCAAGCGCCACCAACAGCAGCAGUUGCUACUUGCGUGGCUGUGGGUCAUGCUGAGCGUAGUUUGCUGGAAACGACAUUCGGGUUCAACGCAACGUUUUGCGUAUUUGACUGCGCCCGUCUUUCUUCCCUCGAGGGGAUUUCUCAUGUCUUCUCUUUUGAUUUGGCGAUGCCUCCUUGGGUAAUGGCACACACGGUUCGGCUCUUCAACCAGAGUAAGACUACCUUUGUGUUUGUUUCUUUUCACGGGGACCUAAUCUCAAAUUUCGGGAUGCAGGCCGUCCUUGCGACCAGACUAAGCAUGCGUAUGGGCACAAGUGCAGAAAGCCAUGUUGGAUUUAUUUACCAGAAGAUUCCGAAAACGGAGACACAGCAUGAACUCGAGCAGCAGCGGAAGCUCCAUUGCAUUGAACAGCAGCUCGUGGAUCCUGUUGUUGCUGACUCGGCCAGUGUGACACGAGAGUGCAGGUUCGAAGGCAAGCAGCAGAUGCAGAUGAAGCAGCUGCAGUGGCAGCUGGCCUCGCUACAGGGGCAGUUACAGGAACUUCUGCAGCAGCAGCAGCAGCGACGACGACAUCCUAGUAAGCUGCAGAGGCAGAGGAAGGAUUUGUUAAGAGCACUGCAGGAUACGAAGCAGGAGACCCUACAAAUGCUGCAGCUGAUGCUGCACCACCAGCAGCAAGGACUGUUGUUGCGGCAACAGCUGCAGCUCGUUGAGCUGCUGCAGCGGAGGCAUGGAGAGUGUCGGGAGUCACAAGCAAGCCUCCUUGAGGAAGCAGCACGAUUGUUAGAGGAACAACAUCUUCAGGAGCAUCAUGCGCUUGUGCAAAAGCUGUCCGUACAAUACUGGGCGGAGAACAAGAGGCAGCAGACGUUGUUGAAGGAAGCGACCGCAGCAGUUGCUGUGGAGGUGGCUUCCGCAGCAGCAGUACGACGGAACUCUGAAAUCGACAGCAAGGUGCAGAAGGUUAGACGAGAGCUGCGCGAGAAGCAAAAACAGCUACACAACAUGGAAUGUAUGAUGAACAGGCGGGAGGAGCAUCUGCAACGAAGCCUGGAAGAACAGCUGCAGAGUGAGCUGCUGCUGCACCAGCAAUCAGGGCUGGACAGCAGGCACUUUGAAGGCAGCAACUGGUUAUUGGAAGGCGCGCAGCAGCAUGCUACCGACGUGCAGCAGAGGCAAAGACAACAAUUGCUACUGUUGAAGGGCAUUGCCAGCAGCCGCACCGACAGAAUCCUACACUCUAGUGAGCAACCAGCAGCUGCUGCUGCCCGAGUGGAGCUGAUGAGUGCAGCUCAUCCUCAGCAGCAAAUACUCCUGCUUCGCCGGGUAUUCUCUGCCUUCCAAGUCGACCAACUUCUAGAACGUGGUUCAUUGAUGCAAGGGCAGCAGCAGGAGGGCAUCACAGCUGCACGUGCAGAAGAACUCCUGGCCCACUUUAGAGAUGUUAGCGUGCAGGGGUACGACAACCAGACGCAAACCACUGCAGCAGCAACAGCAGCGGCAGGAAAAGAAAAUGCAGCGAAAAACACACCCUACCAGUGCCCUUGUACGCAGACUAACCGGUGCAUUCGGCUGAGCACCAGCAACAGCAGCAGCAACAGCAACUGUACUGUGUGCAUUGGUGGGGCGGCGGCUGCGUUGGCAGCCAUGCUCCCUUCUAUUCCUUAUUCCAGAAGUAACAGAAUAGAGCUGCAGUUCUGCUGCCAGGGGCAACAACAACUGCAGCGGAAGAGGCUCCCUCGACCCAUUCGGCGAUAUGGGCCAUCAGCCGCUGCUUCGUCAGCAGCUCCAGCAAGGUUGCCUGCUGGGGGAGAGCCCUCGCGGUACGGUGACAGCGCAAGAAGUGGAGAAGAAGUGGUCAUUUUGCCUUGUCUUUCACCCCUUUGCGCAACUUGCUGUUACAGCGAUUCGCUGCUGCUCCAGCUGCUCCGCUGCAGCUUCCCGCUGGCUGUGCAGCAGCAGCUUCUCCAGCAGGAAGUGUUCAUGCAACAGCGAAUGCCUCUAAUAACCGUUAUCGAUAAACAGGAGCAGCAGCAGCUGGAGCAACGUUGUAUGCAGGACUGGAAAACAGCAAAAGCUGCAAACCCUGCUGUUCCACUGGCAGGGGCUGAAGCGAUGUUUAGGAGGGGUAUGGUGGAAUGCCCUUUGGCGGAUGCAUUUGAUGCUCUUCAGCUGCUGCAGCAGCAACUGCAGCAGGAGCCAGCUCAGCCCACGCAAGCCCAUUUGGGUCCGGGCCCUGGCGUUGCUUUGGAGACGAAAUAUUUGGAAGCAGCAUUUCGCCGUCAUUUCGAGAAGCUUCUGGAGGUACAGCGGCAGAAACUGUAUUUACGGGACUCGCUGUUUUCAAGAAAGCAAGCACGAGCACCCGUAACUGCAAUAGCAACAGUGGUUGGGGAAAGCGAUGACAACGACAACGCAACACGCCAAAAAAGAAUAACCACCUCAGUUGGUGUGCUGGGUACGCCCUGUAGACAGGAAUUUGCUGCAGCUUCCUUCGAACAACAGCCAAAAAGGCCGCGGCUGUCAACACUACUGCCUGGAUUGACGGGAGGCGUUAACGUAGCGGCAGACAGAGCUCUGCCAGCUGCUAGGGGCCAUCCAGCAUCAGUAACUAACGCCGAUUUCAGCAGUGCCUGCUGCAGUGACGUAAGAGCUCCCUUCACCGCCUCCGAUGAUGCCGGGUGGUCCCAACAAGCUGAGGAAAUACGGUUGCACCCUCAUGAGGCGCAGCUGCUGCGUGCAUGCGCCGUUGCUGCAGUGAAGCCGUCCAGAUGUUCUUGCACGCGGGCGCUGCAGCUGUUACUGCAGCAGCGUCGGAUUCUGCAACACAGUCAGAGUGAAGGCUGCAAGAAUGCAUCGUCUUCAGGGCCGCCAGCUCGGAACGUUUGCAAAUGGGCAUCCAAUGCUGCACCUAAAUCAAACAGUGCAGCAUGGUCAGUACUCUCUGACGCUGAUUGCUGCAGCACCCACAGCAAUCGGUCCGCAUGCACCAACAACAGCAGCAAGAGGACGGCUAUACGCUGUUUUGCGCUCGUAACUGUAGUCGGGGAGCAGCUACAGGAAGUCAUGAGGAACUUGGUGGAAAUGCAAAGAACGUUGAAACAGCAGCUUCUUCUAAAAUUGCUUCAGAGGGACUUCCCAGAUCAUAGCGUCACAAGGUCAACAGCGAUAGCUGCCACCACUGAGCAUAUACAUAAGGGCGCAGUUCAGGUGACAGACUUUACCUGCAGUUGCGCUCCGCAACUGCAUCUAGAGCAGCAAGAGGUACUCUUUCAUGAAGGCAAGGGCAGCUGUGUAUGGUGGAGACAGUAUUACGUGCUGCUUGGCGAACUCGCAAUAUUGAAAGAAAAGGCCCUCUAUAAAGCAAUUGACAUCUGCCUGCAGCAGCAGCAGCACCAGCAGUCCAUCUCGCAGGAGCUUCCGACGCAACAGCCACCCAAACAGCAGCAACUGCAACCUCCUCGUGGGGGGCAAGCCAAACGAACGCCAGUUUCGUUGACGAAAGGAUUAAUAACGGGCGGAGAGGGGCCAAAUAUAUGCAAGGCCAGCGAUAUAGGUUGUCGGUUACCUGACCCUCUACUGCAGUCGCCAUCGGCCCCUCGGAAACGCCGAUCUCAAGGGGGAUUUUGA